CUCUAUGCAAACAUGUUUUGUGGUCACUAAAUAUAUUCUUAAUGCUAUUUUGGUAACACUUUAUUUUACGGUGUUACAUGUAUUUACUAGUAAUAGCAAUAAAUUAUAGAUAAUCACAUGCAACUAACACUAAACAAAACAAUAACUACUAAACCUAACCAUAUACAGUAGUAAAUACAUGUAGUUAAUUCAUAUAACUCAUUACUUAAAUGUAUAACUUUGUAACAAGGACACUAAAAUAAAAUGUAACAGUUAUUAAAUGUGUCCUUGUUACACUGUAAUUUCACAAAAAAGUGCAGAGUAAUAUUAAUUAGUGUUAGAGUUUGCUUUAGUGUUAACUUAUAACUUAACUUAGUAUAACUUUUGCCUCAAUAAACUCCUAAUUUUCUGCUUAUUAAUAGUUAGUAAGGUAGUUGUUAAGUUUAGAAUUAGGGAUGUAGAAUAUGGUCGUGCAGAAUAUGUGCUUUAUAAGUACUAAUAAACAGCCAAUAUGUUCAUAAUAGACAUGUUAAUAAGCAACUAGUUAAUAGUGAGAAUUUGUCCCUAUACUAAAGUGUUACCAUUAGUUGCUUGAAAUUAUGCAUAAUUUCCUGUUAUUACUAUAGUAAAUACAUGCAACCUGUGUAACAAGACACAUUACAUUUUUUUUUUUUUUUACAAAAAUGUGACUACAUUUAUUAAGCAGCCAUCCAGUCAGCUAUAUUUUAAAAUUGCUUUGCCCCGUUCACAGGAAACUAUUAUGCGCAGUCAUAUUUUCUCUAAUAAUUUAAAUUGUAUUUUACAGUAGUCAAGAGAGAGAGGAAACUGCAUUGUUGGCAAAUGUUCUCUCAAAUGAUGCCCUAAAGAUUUUCAUUAUUUACGUAACGUGCAAGGGAGGGCAAAUCACUGAUGUAAAGAAUUUGCAUAGGAUUUAAAAGGAGGACUAAGAAGAAAAAUAUUCACAUUUAUACAUGAGAUUAAAAACAGUUAGAAGGUGUUAAUGGAGACUUUCACAUUGUGCAGUACUUUGUUUUGUGAUCUGUGUAGCUGUGGCACAAACAAACACCUUUGCACUUGGUUUAUAGAUUGCUGAAUAGGGCACAGGGAACCUCUAAAUGAGGAACUCAAAGUCUCACCUUCUUUUUUUUUUUUACAAGAAUAACAGGAAAUUCACAUCAGAUACUGUAUGUUCUUAGAUGAAGAUUUCACAGGUCCUUCAAAUAUUUGGACACAUCUUUCAUUUGCUAAAUCUCAAACUAAGUGCUGUCUCCAAACAAAUGUUUUUUAGUUUUUUUCUGAGCCAUUUUGCAAUUACUUUUAUUCAACUGAUGUCAAGGUGAUUUUAGAGGAUGUAUAAAAUCGAUUCCCUUCAAGUUCACUACAGCUACAGUAUGCAGUAUACUACAGUAUACUGACAACAACAACAUGUCCAUUUAUCUAUUUUUAAUAUUUUAAAAUGUAGAGCUUUUUUGAUUUUGUGAAAUGUUUUCUUUGUAUAGUUUGUUUGUAAUAUUUAUCUGAUAUUGUAUCUGAUGCAAUGUGAUUUACAGAUUUUUAGAUGCAGUUUAGAUACAUUUUGGGAACACUAAAUAUUGUAUUGUGUCCUUGUUACACUGAAAUUACACAAAAAAGUACCGAGCAACUGUAAUUAACAACAUGUGCUUACUAUAUGUUAGGGUUAGGAUUUGCUUUACUGUUUAGUUUCUUGAAAUGGCGCAUACUUUACUGUUAUUAAAAUCUAACGUGUGGAACAAAACACAUUAAAAUAAUCACAUUCACAAGUAUUGCCAAAAUGUGACUACAGCUAACUGUAUUUUAAAAUUAAAUGGACUUUGGCUAUUUUUCCAGCAGAUUAUAAUUCUUUUAACAUUCAGUUGCAAACAUCUCCACAAGCAUACUGUUUAACAUUUGCACUUUUUAUCUGUUCACCAUCUUAUAUAAUGCAGGAAUAGUCAGUGAAACCUGUCUUUUUGUGUCCCCGUGCAUGCAUGGAAAUAGUUAUGCAUUUCGCAAAUAUGAAUGUUUAUGAUGAGUGAUAGUUUACCUCUCCACAGCAAUUAGUCCAAAACACACCAACAUCACACACAUAUGUUCAUUUAUGAUCCUGAUUAAUGAGCCCCAAAUGCAUCAUCUGAAGGAAAUAGUCACACAGGAUUUAAGUAUAUAUUCAUAAUAUAUGGUGUACACGAACAUAGCAAAGCAUUAAUGUGCAUGAGCUGAAUUUUAUGGUGUUGUGUUGUGAUAAUCUCAUUCUCUUUCCCUCCGUGGGAAUUACGCAUCACCACCUGGUCUUGUAUGAGCGGCUGUUGUUUGCUGUGCAAGCACAGUUAUUGUGAUAGAUCGCAUUCUCUCUGUGUGUUUGCCUUUGUUUGUAUGUGUUUCUCAGUAGAGGUGAAUUUAAAGACUCCUUCGUCCACUCGCUCCGUCUCUCUCUCUCGGAUGCAGUCAUAAACACACACACACACACACUGCAGUGUUGCGUCUCAGUGAUGAUGUCAUCCUGUCUGCUGCAGUACUUCUGCUCUUAGAGAGGGGAGGAAAGCUGGGGAUGGGUGCUGACGUGCUUAUUUAUCUUUUUUUAUAUCAUUGUAUGAGGUUUUAUUAACUGUUGCAUUAACUGUUAACAUCGUUUUGCAAGAUCGUUCAUCAAAAGCUUUAUAAUUCACAAUGAGGAAUCAACAGCACUGCACUACUCUAAUAAAUGAUAAUGUUAAUUUUGUUUCUAAAGUACAUCUUUCCUGAUGUUGGGAUGUAAUUUUCAAGAAAGCCUAUCAAUUCUGGCAGCCUGGCUUAUGAAUCUUGAAAUAUUAAUAAUUUGUGUAUGAGGAGGUUUAUUUUAUGUUUCAUUCUUUAUUUAUGCUUUCUUUUACCAAAGCCGUUUUCUUUUUGAACUGGAAGGGUCAAAACAACAUGCUUGUUCUCUUUGCAUAUAAUGGUACACUGCAUAGAGGUGUGGAGAAUUUAGCAAGCCAGAGGCUAAGAAUUAGGUGUGGUCUACAUGAUCGCUUCCACUGCCUUAUCUGCUGCAAACACACACUUGUGUACAGUGACCUCACAUCUUACGCAUGUAGGGGACUCCAAAAAUGGUUACUCAAUUCAGGGUUAAAAAAUGCAUUACUGGAAUAGGUAGUAAUUACAUGUGAUUUUGAUUAAAUACAUUAUCUUUGCUCUAUUUUUUUUAAUUUAAAUUAUUAUUAUUUUUUUUUAAAUAGACUUUUAAAAUAUUGAAAUAUAAGACAUUUUAUGAUGCCAUCCCUUUUGUUUUGACUGUGUAACAUAGCAUGUGGUGUUAAGAUAAAUAACUGGAAAAUAAAUAAAUAAGUGUGUAUGUGUGCGUGUGCGCGCAUGUGUGUGUGUGUGUGUGUGUGUGUGUGUGCGCAUGUGCGUGUUUUUGUGACAUAUGAGGACACAAAUUUGUAUAAUUGUGUGUGUUGUGUGUGUGUGCAAAAAAAUAUGCAUAAAAAAACCUCAAACUCAAAACUUACACAAUCUUCACACUAUUACUACAUAGAGUGUCCCAUGUCCAGCAAAAUCCAUGAUUUUAUAUUAUAUUAUACAUUAUUAGUAAAAAGUUUGGGGUUGCUAAGAUUUUUUUAAUAUUUUUGAAAGUCUCUUAUGCUCACAAAGGCUGCAUUUAUUUAAUCAAAAAUACAGUAAAAACAGUAAUGCUGUGAAAUAUUAUUAGGCUACAAUUUAAAAGAACUAUUUUCUACCUAAAUAUGUUUUAAAAUGGAAUCUAUUCCUGUGAUGCAAAGCUGAAUUUUCAGCAUCAUUGCUCCAGUCUUCAUGUCACACGAUGCUUCGGAAAUCAUUCUAAUUAUGCUGAUUUGUUGCUUAAAAACAUUUCUGAUUAUUAUCAAUGUUGAAAACAGUUGUGCUGAUUUGCAUUUUUGUGGAAACUGAUACAGUUUGCUUUCAUCGGAUUCUUUCAUGAAUGAAAAGUUCGAAAGAACAGCAUUUAUUGGAAAUAGAGUUUUUUUUUUUUAAAUCAAUUUAAUGUAUCCUUGCUGAAUAAAAAUAUUAAUUUCUAUCAAAAAAGAAAAAUCUUACUGACCCCAAACCCCUUUAGUGUAGUAUGUGAAUUCUGACACAGCCAAAGUGAUGGGGGAGAAAAAUUGUGCUCCUAAUUCUUAGGAGGUCAUAAGUCGUCCCCAUGCCAACUCACACUUUGUGUGUGCCCAUGUCUCCAUGUACUUGUCAAGUAUAUUUGAUCAGUGAACCAGCCCUGCUGCUCGUGAAGGUACACACUCUCACACUCUCACACAUUCCCACUGCCUCCACCACAGCAACAACUCAACAGAUACAAUCAACUUACACUGAUUCAAAACAACAUCUCAGUCUCAAGGAUGUGAAAAUCUGUUCAAAUGCACUUAAGCCACAGAAGCAAUUGAAUCCAGAUGGAUUCAAAUCUAAGAGAGCUGCUCUGGAAUUAUGUAAAUGUGCAUGUAUUGUAUAGAAAUGGGCUUUUUAGAAAUAAUUUGAUGUUUGGCUGAAAGUGUGAAAACCUCUCUCUACACUGAGUGUGUUUAUCAGACAGAAGAAACCAUCGUAUGGUUCAGUUCUCACUGAGUGAAGCUUCUUAUCUCAGGACUGGGGUGCCCAAACUUUUUUUCUAGGCUGAACCCCUUUUACCAGCAUGUUUUGUUUUGACAUUUUUGAGAAUGUGCUUUUUUGCAGCCUGUGUUACUGAAAUUGUGAUUAAGUAUAACAAAAACAAUUUAUUUAUUAUUUGAGUCUUUAUGCCAAAUAUUUUUAACAUGAUUUUGAAGAUGCACUGCUGAAAAGAGGAAAAACUCUCUGCUUUUUAGUAAAAGACAUUUUCUAUAUUUAGAUGAAUGUGAUAAGGUUAGGAAGGUCACAGCAAUAGAAAUAGAAAACAAAUCAGCUUCUUUCUCUUUCUGUCUUUGUGCUUUGGUUUUGAGUUUUAUUGAGAAUCGGUUGAUUUGAACAAAUGAGUUAAAGUUUUAACGGUCGAUAAAAUACGAAUGAACUUUUUCCAGUAUUUUUUCUUUCUAGCCACUGCUCUGAUCCUUCUUACUCUUUCCUUUUGCAGUGUUAUAUAAUCUGUGUCUGUUCUUUGAGGUAAUCUGACUGUUGUGUUCCUAAAAUCGACAAAAUACAAAGUACACAUUUGCGUACAUUUGUCUUUCUCAUCCAGGGAAAAAAAAAAAGAGCAUCUUGGAAGGAAAUAGUAAAUUAAUUUCAUGGGACCUUUAUAUGUUAUCUUUGUACUCAGGUGUGUGUGUGCAUGCUGUAAAUAUGUAUUUAAGUAUAUAUUUAAUGUUGAAAAGCCUUUGUCCUUUAAUUUGUUUGAAUUUUCAGUGUUUUCCGGUUUUGCCCCGUUUUGUUGUUGUUGCUGUUGUUGUUUUACUUCAAUGUCAGUCUUUAAAAAAAAUUGACACUGCUAUUAACCAAACGUUUUGUCACAUUUGUUAUCUUUUUUAACACUCUUCACAUGUGAGAUUCUAUGAAGUUGCAAGUCUAUGAAAUACGGAUGGCUGGCAAAAAGCUGAUGCUGCCACCAGUUUCCUCCGUGCAGCUCGCUCAGGUAAUCUGGAAAAGGCUCUAGACCACAUCAAGAAUGGCAUCGACAUCAACACAGCCAAUCAGAAUGGACUCAACGGGCUGCACUUGGCCUCGAAAGAAGGCCAUGUUAAAAUGGUGCUGGAACUACUGCACCAUGGUAUUGUUCUUGAGACGACCACAAAGAAAGGAAAUACAGCUCUUCACAUCGCUGCGUUAGCUGGACAGGAACAGGUGGUCACAGAGCUGGUUAACUAUGGAGCCAAUGUCAAUGCUCAGUCUCAGAAGGGCUUCACUCCUCUCUACAUGGCUGCACAAGAGAAUCACCUGGAGGUUGUGAAGUUUCUCCUGGAUAAUGGAGCCAAUCAAACCAUUCCAACUGAGGAUGGCUUUACCCCUCUUGCUGUGGCUCUUCAGCAGGGCCAUGAGAAUGUGGUGGCCCUGCUCAUCAACCACGGUACUAAGGGCAAGGUCCGCCUUCCUGCACUGCAUAUCGCUGCCCGAAACGAUGACACCCGAACUGCCGCUGUGCUUUUACAGAAUGACCCAAAUCCUGAUGUCUUAAGCAAGACAGGCUUCACACCACUCCAUAUCGCAGCCCACUAUGAAAACCUGAAUGUUGCCCAGCUGCUUCUAAACAGAGGAGCUGAUGUGAACUUCACACCCAAGAACGGGAUCACACCUCUACAUAUUGCAUCCAGGAGAGGAAAUGUUAUCAUGGUCAGACUUCUGCUGGACCGAGGAGCGAAGAUUGAUGCCAAGACAAAAGAUGAGUUGACUCCUCUUCACUGUGCUGCCAGAAAUGGCCAUGUAAGAAUAAUCGAGAUCCUUCUGGACCAAGGAGCCCCAAUACAGGCCAAGACCAAAAAUGGCCUUUCUCCAAUACAUAUGGCAGCCCAGGGCGAUCAUUUGGACUGUAUCAGACAGCUAUUACAGUACAAUGCCGAGAUUGAUGACAUCACUCUAGACCACCUGACCCCACUGCAUGUGGCAGCACACUGUGGACAUCAUCGUGUGGCCAAGGUGCUCCUGGAUAAAGGAGCCAAACCAAACACCCGUGCUUUGAAUGGCUUCACACCACUCCAUAUUGCCUGUAAGAAGAACCACAUGCGUGUAAUGGACCUACUGUUAAAGCAUUCUGCAUCCCUGGAGGCUGUAACCGAGUCAGGACUGACCCCACUGCACGUGUCCUCCUUCAUGGGUCAUCUGAAUAUAGUGAAGAUACUGAUGCAAAAAGGAGCUUCACCACAUGCCUCAAAUGUGAAAGUUGAAACACCUCUGCACAUGGCAUCUCGAGCUGGUCACUGUGAAGUUGCUGACUUCCUGUUGCAGAAUGCAGCUCCAGUGGAUGCCAAAGCCAAGGAUGACCAGACGCCGCUACACUGUGCCGCCCGCAUGGGCCACAACGAGAUGGUGAAGCUGCUGUUGGAGCACAAGGCAAACCCCAACUCCACCACAACAGCAGGACACACUCCACUGCACAUCUCUUCCCGUGAGGGACACACACAAACUGCCAGCAUCCUACUGGACAUGAACGCCCAGCUCACCAAAAUGACCAAGAAAGGCUUCACUCCCCUUCAUGUAGCAGCCAAAUACGGGAAGGUGGAUGUAGCAGCGCUGCUUUUAGAGAGAGGAGCCAACCCAAACGCUGCAGGAAAAGUUGGACUCACACCGUUGCAUGUGGCCGUCCAUCAUAACAACCUUGAUGUGGUCAAUCUUUUGCUCAGCAAAGGUGGAUCACCACAUAGUGCCGCUCGGAAUGGCUACACUCCGCUCCACAUUGCUUCCAAGCAGAACCAGGUGGAGGUAGCGAGCAGUUUACUGCAGCAUGGAGCUUCUGCCAAUACUGAGUCAUUGCAAGGGGUCACACCGUUACACCUAGCCUCCCAAGAGGGCCAACCAGACAUGGUGUUGCUGCUUAUCUCAAAGCAGGCCAAUGUAAAUCUGGGCAAUAAGAGUGGUCUGACUCCUCUUCACCUCGUGGCUCAGGAGGGGCAUGUUGGCAUUGCUGAUAUACUAGUGAAACAUGGGGCAUCCGUCUACGCUGCCACAAGAAUGGGUUACACUCCACUUCAUGUGGCUUGUCAUUAUGGCAAUAUCAAGAUGGUUAAGUUCCUCUUACAGCAACAGGCCAAUGUAAACUGCAAGACCAGGAUGGGAUAUACGCCGCUACAUCAGGCUGCUCAGCAGGGCCAUACGGACAUUGUGACGCUUCUCCUCAAACAUGGCGCAGAACCAAAUGAAAUUACGUCUAAUGGCACGUCAGCUCUUGCCAUCGCAAAGCGCCUUGGAUACAUCUCAGUCAUUGAUGUGCUCAAACUGGUCACUGAAGAGACAGUUACCAUGACCACCACAGAAAAGCAUCGCAUGAGUUUCCCUGAGACAGUUGAUGAGAUCUUGGAUGUGUCUGAAGAUGAAGGAAUUGCGCAGCUUACGUUAGGCGAGGAGCUGCUGGGGAACGAAGGUGCCAGGUAUUUGAAGAUGGAGGACUUAAAGGACCAUGAUGAGGAUUUCCUUUCCCCCAAGAAUGUUCUAGAGAAUAAUUCUCCUGCUAUUCCAAGGAUCCCUUGUGUGUCUCCUGAAACAGUCAUGCUGAAAGAACAUGAAAUGGAGCAGCAGCACACCCCACUUCCUUUGCCCAAGGAGUAUGAUGAGGAUUCACUGAUCCCCAGCAGUCCGGCCACAGAGACGUCAGACAAUGUCAGUCCAGUAGCAAGCCCCAUCCACACCGGGUUCCUGGUGAGCUUCAUGGUAGAUGCUCGUGGCGGCUCAAUGAGAGGCAGCAGGCAUAAUGGCCUGCGUGUCAUCAUUCCUCCUCGUACCUGUGCCGCUCCAACACGCAUCACCUGCCGCCUGGUGAAGCCGCAGAAACUUGCCACACCACCUCCUCUGGUGGAGGGUGAGGGUCUCGCCAGCCGUAUCAUCUCUCUUGGUCCAGCUAGCAUGCAGUUCUUAGGGCCUGUGAUUGUGGAGAUUCCCCAUUUUGCCGCACUUGGUAGGGGAGAUCGUGAACUUGUGGUCUUGAGGAGCGAGAACGGAUCAGUCUGGAAGGAGCAUCGUAAUCGUUAUGGUGACGAGGUCCUGGAGACCAUCCUCAAUGGCAUGGAUGAAGACCUUGAGAGUCAGGAGGAACUUGGGAAGAAAAGAAUCAGGCGCAUCAUCUCGACCGACUUCCCGCUCUACUUUGCCGUGGUCUCCCGUAUCCAGCAGGAGAACGAUCUGAUUGGCCCGGAAGGGGGUUAUCUCACCAGUAAGCUGGUGCCCUUGGUCCAGGCCAGUUUUCCUGAGACAGCCGUCACCAAGCGUGUCCGUCUCGGACUGCAGGCACAGCCAGUCCCUGAUGAGCUGGUGGCUAAGCUUCUGGGAAACCAAGCCACGUUCAGCCCUGUGGUGACAGUGGAGCCUCGUCGGCGCAAGUUUCACCGUCCCAUCGGCCUGAGGAUUCCAGUGCCUCCCUCCUGGAGGGACAGUCCACGGGACGCUGGCGAGGGUGACACUACCAGCCUCCGCCUGCUCUGCAGUGUCAUCGGCGGCACAGCUCCAGCCCAGUGGGAAGAUAUAACUGGCACCACCAAACUUAUAUAUGCCAAUGACUGCGCCAGUUUCACCACCAAUGUCUCUGCUCGUUUCUGGCUGGCAGACUGUCCUCGGACUGCAGAGGUCGUGUCUUUUGCCAACCUCCUGUACCGUGAGCUGUCAGCCGUUCCGUACAUGGCCAAGUUUGUAGUUUUUGCAAAGAUGAAUGAAGCACGAGAGGGUCGACUCCGCUGUUAUUGCAUGACUGAUGACAAAAUGGACAAAACCCUGGAGCAGCACGAGAACUUUACUGAAGUGGCACGCAGUAGAGACAUCGAGGUCAUGGAGGGAAUGCCGCUGUAUUUGGAGUGUUCAGGUAACUUGGUUCCCAUAAGGAAGGCAGCACAGCAGCCCCGCUGUUUCAGCUUCCAAGCCUUCAGAGACAACAGACUGCCUGUGUCUGUCAAGGUGAGGGACAGCAGUAAAGAUCCCUCUGGUUUCUUGUCUUUCUUGCGCAAAUCAACCAAAUACGAAGAUAGUCAACAUGUGUUGUGCAACCUCAACGUUACCAUGCCGCCAUGCAUUAAGAUUAUAGGAUGUGAUGAGCGAAGGAGAACUCUGACUCCUUUGGCUCUGAGGGAAAGAUACAGUGCUCUAAAUGAACCAGCCAUGGCAUCACUGAGCGCCAUGGAAAGGACGGAGUUAAAGAUGGCUUUAAUAGCUGAACAGCUAGGCCUGAGCUGGGCUGAGUUGGGACGUGAACUGCAGUUUAAUGUAGAUGAAAUUAAUAAGAUCCGUGUGGAGAAUCCCAACUCCCUUUUAGAGCAGAGCUCAACACUGCUCAACCUGUGGGCCGCUCGAGAGGGGAAGAGAGCCAAAAUGGACAACCUGUACGUGGCCCUCAAGAGCAUUGACCGAAUGGACAUUGUGAACAUGUUGGAGGGCCAGGGACCACCAACAGGUCAGCAGGGGGGCUGGGAACAAGAUGCUUCCAGGUCUAGGCUUCAUGAGAGAGACCAUCUAUCUCCUGGCAUCACAAAUGGUUACGGGCUGGUGGUACAGGAAGAACUAGUCUCACCGGCCUCCAUGCAGUACAGUCUACCUUCGCCACUGGGCAAUGAGCCCUACUGGCAGGAAGUGUCAAGCAUGGAGUGUGCACCCAUCGCUACCACUGAAGAGGACACACUCAUGGAGAUGUCUGAGGUACAGGUUUGGCCCUCAGGCAAUAGUCCUUCCAUUGUGGCCGUAGAGGACUCCUCACUGGAGUGCAGCAAUGCUGACGAUUCCGAAGCGCUACUGAACAGGAGCCUGGGCCACUCGAGGAGCGGGACUCCCGGUGCAAACGGACCAGUGGGACUUGCUGCUCAGGGAGGGUUAAGUGGUUCCAUCGAGCUACUUGAGGAUCAAUCCAUUGGGGCGGAUUCAGAUUACAGCGCUGCUGGGAUGCUGUGUCUGAGCGAAGGGGUCAACAUCAAUGCUCUGGACAGAGGUCAAGGGUCGGAGAGGUUAGAAGGUGCUGUAGGUCAAGAAGUCAACAACAUUAAAGACGAUUCCAAUGGAGGUUUGGGAGAAGGAGGAGGUGACGACACAAACGUAGAAGAUAGCAUAUCUCUCAUUUCAGGGCAACAGCGAGUUUAUGCUCGAAUGAGUGAGUCACCUGUGCUAAGAAGACGGGCAGAUCCUGGUGAUGACAGGUUAAGUGGUGGGUCCUUCCUAUCUUAUCUACAGGAUCAGGGGGCUCCUGGUUGGCACUCAGCCCCAGAACAAACCCAGAACAGAGUUGGAUCUCUACAAUGCUCUCUUCCUAGACAGGCAAUGGAGUCUAUGAUGUCAUCAGUACGAGCCACAGUGGACUGUGAUUCUAAGCAGUCUUGCCUAGCCCAGGAAGCCCUAAUUGAACCAGUGCGGGACAUAGGGCAUUCUGAGAUCAUCCACGGGCAUUAUCAGGGAACUCAGCCUUUUGAGAAAGGACUAGGCUUCCCGCACAGAACAGCUAACAUUCGGGCUUGGGAGGACAUGCGUCUAAGAGGACAGGGUGAUGAGGCAGAGGAUCUUCCGGGAGAGCAAGUGAGCGAGGAGCAAUUUACAGAUGAGCAUGGCAACAUCGUCACCAAAAAGAUUGUGAGGAAGGUGGUCCGGAGAGGAAAAGGGGAGGAAGGGAGACAGGAGCUCAUCAUAGAAGGGCUGCCGCAGGAUAUCAAUGAGGCAGACGUUGAUGGAGAACAGUUCAUGAGCUAUGCCGUCCUGGGCCGUGACAGCAAGCCGGAUGUUGUGGAUGUGAAGAGGGGAGGUGCUCAAAUAGUCAAAUGUGCGAGUCUGCGGAGAGUAAAGCAGUGAGUCUGCCUCACUCCUCCCUGCAGGACUUGACACCUACACCCAAACCAUCCUUCACUGACACAUGAUGGGCGUCAAAUAAAGAAGAAAACUGAACUAGAGCACUGGCGAUAGGCAAUGGAUAUCAACUACGAAAAGAGAUUUUUGGACUUUUUGUAACAAGCAAAACAAACACUAGCGGCUAGAGGCAUGAUUUCUUAUAAAAUGAAACCAAACAAUGAAAAAAAGCAAGCAUUUGAGAAGUGCUUCCUGUAAUCUCAAUAUCAGCAUGUGAAAGUGCUGUCGCAUGGCCUGCCUUUACAUACAGCACUGACUGCAAGCAAUCAUGAGGUGAGAAAAUACUGUCGUACUGCAAGGGCUGUAAAAUGGUGGGGGGGGGGAAGGACUUUGGCCAAAUGGAUGCAUACACUUAACAUCGUGGUAUGGGGGCACAUGGGACAUGAAAGCUAGUUUUAGUCAAAUCCAGCAAGAGUUUCCUGAAAUUUAGUCUUCCAAGCGAGUCCAGAACACACUACUACCGAAAAGGAUUCCCACCAGGAGGAGUCUGACCCUCUUGUACUGGUAUUAUACAUAUGCACUCAAAUAUGAUGUGAAUGUACUCUCCGUGUGCGUGUGUUCUUUUCCACAGCCAAAAAAUGACAAUAACCUAUGCGAUGAUUAUGCUGCUGUCUCAAUACUUGCUCCUGAAUUCUUGUUCAGUCCAAUAGUACGUGUCUUGUGCAUCGUAAAGGUAUAAUUGUGUAGCAAAUGAGCUGUGAAGUCCUGUGUUGCCUGAGAUAUACUAGGCUCAAGGGUUACAAUUUGUGCAGUUUAAAUGUUUUCAGUGAGAUACAGUACUUUGGACAUAUUUUAAAAUCACUGUGGGGCUCUAUAUGUACACGUUUGCAGCGCUGCAGCAAGAUUUUUGUUUUUGUUCUAUAUACAUUGCAUACCUCUGUGUAUAUGAACCCUGAGCUUCCUCUUAAUAACUCGAUAUGCACAGAGGAGCUUAUAAGCGUUAUAUUAACAUUUGCAUUAUCCACCUUCAGCAUUUGCUUUAUUCCAAAUAACCACUAGUGGGAAGACUUUCUUCUGAAUCCUUAGAACCAAAAAAGCAAUAAUUUUUAUUUUUCUUGUUAUAAAUGAUAGUUAAAAAGUCUAACCUUUCAUUGAAGUAAAAUUAGUGGUAAAAUGUAGAUAAAGGCUGGCAAUAGAUUAUUCAUAAUUAAACUUGUGAUUUGUUUUGUAGGUAAUAAUUCAGCAUAUAUUAUUAAUGAAUAAAAACCUAAAAAUUACGUUGCAAAGAUUUUUGGUAACACUUUACAAUAAGGUUCCAUUUGUUAAUAAUAAUUUACUAUAUUAGUUAACAUGAACUAACAAUGAAAACUACUUUUAAAGUAUUUAUUAAUCUGUUCGUUUCAAUUUACUAAUACUUUAUUCAAAUCAAAGUUGUAUCUGUUCAUAAUAUUUAACAGAUUUGAGCUCACAUGAACAAUGAACAGGAUUUUUAUUAACUAAUGUUAUUAAAGAUGAAUAAAUACUGUAACAAAUUAUUCAGUGUUAGUUGAUGUGUUAUUAACCUUGUUGUAAAGUGUUGUUUUAUUGAUAACGUCACAUUGCUAAAAACAGGCCUACUUGUUACACUUGUCAAGAAGACAUUAUAGGAGAGUGAAACCAGUUCUAUAUAUUCAAAUUGAAUGCAUUAAACUCACUAACUUUUAAACAUCGUUUUUCCUAGACAUGUCACAAUUAUUGACAUCCCUGCAGUUAUCACCUUCCAUUGAUUUCUAUUCAGUUUUCUCUUUUCUGAAGGGAAAGUAUGUCCAGUUUUGAGAGUCUUCCUCAGGAUCCUUAGCUCUUUUUAUACUCUUACACAAUAUUAAAUCCCUUAUAUUCCAUAUCCAUUUGUAACUUAAUCCCAAAGUAUACUUUUAUGCAUAAAUAUUGUCAUCAGCACAAUACAAGCAUACUGUACACACAUAGACAACUGCAGUGGAAUCUGAAUUAGUGACCAAGUGCAUCCAUUUGUCAUGUUUCCACACAUUCCCCACAUAUUGCCUUUUAAGUUUUUGUGUUUGCUCCCCGUGCUAAAUAAGGCUUAUAUUUUGAUGUGUUUGCCUUAUAUAACUCAUGAGCUCCAAACGUUCUAGAUAAUUUUGGUACAAUAUAUAUAUAUAUAUUAAAAAAUAAAUCUAAAUGAGAAUUAAUGACAAUUAGAUUGCUUGUUUUGCGAAAUUUGCAAAACAUAUUGGCGAAACAUUUACUACUACUUCUACUAAUAAUAUUUUAACUUUACUGAAAGGUUAGAUUUUUUCUCAUCUUUUCAGCAUAACAGACAACAUUUGUUAACAGUUUGUUUUUCACCGUUACAGAUGAUGCUAAUACUUAUGGUGUGCACUAUAUAUUCUUUUUAGGGAAAUCAACACAAUCUGUAUUGGUUUUCAUUUUUGAUGCCAAACAUUUUCACUGAUAUGAUUAGAUGUGUAAUCAUUUUUAGGCACUCCACACAUGCAACGCUCCAGACACAUUCUUUGCCUCUCUUAAGCUUGAUGAAGACACGUAGCCACUGAGCACUGUGAUCAGACUGUUCACUGUCCCACAGCAGAACAGAGCUGACUUCAUACACGCACACACACAUGCACAAACUAAAUAUAAUGUGGAUUUUCUGAAUCUGCAUUUAGGUUAUUCUCUCCCAGCAAUUCAACCACUUGUAUCUUUCUUGCGGAGGUUUUUAGCAACAACAGCCAGACCAGUUGUACAGCUGUAGUUGUAUGCACUUCUCUUCAUUGUAUUAUAUUAUGCAAACAGUGAUCACCGCAGCACUGGUAGGCCAUCAUCUUUACUGAUGCCCUGACUGCAUGGCCUCCAUGCAACAGUCUAACUUUAGAUCAGUUAUUUACUUCUCAAUUUAUGUAGCAUCUGAGUACAACAUACAGACUUCAUUUUGAGAGUAUCCAGUGAAUUUAGAGGAUGACACAAAAUAAUCUGAAAAACCUCAAAUCAAGCAUCUCAUAUGUAUGGGAAUAAAUGUCAGAUUCUGAUAACAUGAGAGCUUAAUACCAAAUAUAGGGCACUUAUUGUAGCAUUUUAUGUUAUACCGUAGCAUUGUUAUUUAAAUCUGCAUUGUGGUUAUUUGUGCAACACAUUCAAGUCACAUGAAUAAGACUAAAUCUACAUUUUCAAGCAUCACUUUCAACAUUUUUAAUGUUGUUCAUUAAAUCAUAUAAUGUAAGGAUGCACAUUAAUAAUAAAGACAUAAACAAUAAAUGCAUGUCUUCCAUUAAAAUGGAUUAUUUUAUAUUUUUAAUCAUCAAUUCUACAGAUGGAUUAUUAAAAGAUUUUUAUUGAGCUUGGAUAUAAAAUUCAACAAGCUCUUUAUUCAUAUCCUAUUUUUUUCUUUUUUUUUCUUCAAGUUUCAGGUAUUCUCAUUUCUGUGGUUUGAGAUUUCCAACACUUAAGGUUGAAUUUCUAGUAAAAAAAAAAAAUGAAUGCAGUCACUCUGCUGGCGUGAGAUGGGUCCUCCCUCGAGUCCCUCCCUGAACAAAAGUUGAACCGCACAGAUCACAGUGGCUGCGUAAAGUAUUUGGGACGGUCCAUUCCAGUAUGGCAGCAAGGAUAGGACAAAUUAGCAAUGCAAUUGUAUGAUGUCUAAGAAAUGGUUUAAACCAACCUCUUGCAAAAAUGUGAACUGUUGCAAAAUGACAGAAUAUUUAUACUCCUAUUUACUACUGAAUGAUUUGAAAUCAAUAUAAACGCAAUAGCAUAUUACUUAUGAAAAAGGAAUGCAAAAUGCACACUUGCACAGAAAAGAUGUUUUUAAUACAUCUUUUAAUACGUAUAUGUAAUUAUAUUUAAUUAGAAUGCUUUGCACUUGCAAAUGGGAAUUUAUGAUCUGCUAUUUGGGAACUUGGGAAUACUUUAAUGUCAUGGAUGUACUUAUAGCAUCUUAGCAAACAAGACUUCAGGGGGGUGCCUGUGGGAAUAUAGAAGCAUUGUGCUUCUUUAAAGUUCAUUUUAUUUAUGUAUUUAUUUUUAUUGCUACUAUAGGUCUUUGAAUCAGACAAGAUUUUAAAUGUCUAUAUAAAUAUAUAGAAAUAUUCAACCCUGUACACCAGCUGAAAAUACAUUUACAGAAUUAAUAAAGAAAUAAAAACUCACAAAUGGA